AGCUCACAGUAAAUCUAGUUUAUUACAGCAUCUAAUUACAAUUACAGUCUCAAAUGGCUUUACAAUGAAACAAUAAAUGAAAAUGAUAAAUGAAAAUGGCACUCCAGCCUUACAUCUUCAGUGAGAACGAGGGGAAACCCUUCCACAAAAACUUAAUUAGGGACAAGAUGCGACGACCCUUGGGAUGGACCUCACAGGAAGGAAUCUUGCUUUCCCCUUCCCCUUUCCAGAAAAGCCAUACAAUGGAUGGUGAAAGUAGUGACAGCUUAACUACUGUAUUUAUGUAAAAACAAGUCACAGUCACAUGCGUCCGACAGGUUCAACGACUUUGUGUUGCACAACUUCAUAUUUUUGACACAAAUGUUUCCAAGCACAUUUCAAAGUCAUCCUAUGGACUAUUAUAAAUGAUAGGAAGCUAAAUUAAAAUGAGAACUGGCUUGAAAAACAGAGAACCUAUCCUUUAAUUCUUCCAUUGUCUGUCUUGCUAAAUUAAUUCAAGAUUAAUGGCUGCUGUAAAGUCACCUGAAGGUCUGGGCUGUCUUAGCAGAUAGGAUAACUCAAAUCUCAGAGGCCUUUAUCUGCAAAAGUUGCUCAUUUAUUACUCAUGAAGGAAGUGUUUAUUUGGUUUACCACUGUACACUAGUCAGACUGCACCAACACCAUCAACACCAAGACUACCACUGUCACAGCGAAUACUUUAUAUAGCACAAAUACUGUAGAUAACAAUUAGGAGUGCAGUUUGAACAGCACUGCAGCAUUCAAAAUUUUAUUUUUUUGUCAAGGAUGAGACAGAACAAGACGGUUUAAGUCUUACACAUGAAGCACUCAGCAUAAAUGUGUGGCUUUGUUAAGUUGAAAGAGGCCACUUCUGUUUUAGCUUUAGAACUAUUUGACCAAAUAAAUACAUGAAAGCAACAUGUAAACACAGCAAGCUAUUUUUCCAUGGGUCGUCCUGGGGCAAAGUGUGGUUUUAGAAUAAAAAAAAAGGACAGCUGUGUUUAUUGAAGGCAACAAAUAUCAAAUCCAUGGAGCUAUAAAAUUUAAUUUUGAAAUCUGACAGAUAUGUCACUCAUAUCAGUUUUGCCUUUUGUUUCCUGGCAGUUGUAAUAUAUUUGAUAGUGUACAUUAAAUAGCAGAGGGGGAAAAAAUCAGGUCAGAGACUGUUAGCAGCUGCACAAACACUCACACAAACACACCUGGGAGUUGGCACAGUGCAAGCCAGUCUUGUACUAUUUGCUGAGCAGGGGUUAGAGGUGACAGUUUGCUUUGCGCAAGGGCACCUUGAGCACAUCAGUGAGACUGAAGGUGGGAUGUCUCAUUUGUCUCUUCCCCGUGCUCAGAUGUUCCCCAGCGCUCCUCUCUGAUUAGACCACACCACCACAAGGUCACAGAGUGGGAAUGAUCGGCUCCCUUUUCCUACUGCUGCAAUGACUCAGAUGAGAUUGCUAUAUCACUGUCAGCAGCAGCUCACAGGCUUGGCAUCUCUGUCAGUCGCGGUUGGACCUUGGGCACCCUGCGUCAGUGCUCAAACCGCGCUGCCCGCUGAAUAAGUGGGCCCACUCACUGCUCUUUCUCGCCUGGGAGGUUGUUGUGCAAUAACGCACGAGGAGUGUGUGGGGUGGGGGGAGCGAGUGCCUUCCAGCUGUCGAGAGCAUCACUGACACGCUGGUCGGUUUAAGAGUGAGCCCUCCCGCAAAAAGGUCCACAGCACGUCCAUGUGGGCAUUGAUCCGCGUGACAGAUAACCGCCUCUAAAGCAGCCCUCGGGUUCAGAGUUUGCCCCUCCUGGCCAGCACCAAUCUGAGAUGGGUAGAAAGAGGGGGCGGGAAGGUUAGUUUGAAGAGGGCAGAGCUUUGCGAAAGGACGCCGAUUUCCCUAUUAUUUCACCGCUGGAAAAAAAAAAAAUCCAAACCCAGUGGACAAUAACAGCUGAGGGAGAAAACAGACGGACCAAACGUCAGAACCUCAUUAACUCCAAGGAAACCCAGACGGGAAAGAGAAGAGAAAGCAACAACAGACACCUUAUUGCUGCUGGAGCCUUCUGCUUAUACUGAUAUGGCUGCUGCAAUUUGGAAGCCCAAAUCACUGGACGUGGGCUUAUGGAUCUUCCUCCUGCUCCUCAACCUCCUUCCUGAAGCCAGGGCAGUUGUUGGACACAGAGAGCCGUUGCCCGAUGAUAGUAAAGACAAUAUCACCAUUUUCACCCGUAUCCUAGACAGGCUGCUGGAUGGAUAUGACAACAGGCUACGUCCUGGGCUGGGAGAGAGCGUGACAGAAGUCAGAACAAACAUCUACGUGACGAGUUUUGGGCCAGUGUCAGAUACAGACAUGGAGUACACCAUCGAUGUCUUCUUCCGCCAGAGUUGGAGGGAUGAGAGGCUGAAGUUUGACGGGCCCAUGCAAGUUUUACCCCUCAACAACCUCCUGGCUAGUAAGAUCUGGACUCCAGAUACCUUUUUCCACAAUGGAAAGAAAUCGGUGGCCCACAACAUGACGACUCCUAACAAACUGCUGCGACUAGUUGACAAUGGCACGCUUCUCUACACAAUGAGGUUGACCAUUCAUGCUGAGUGCCCCAUGCACCUGGAGGAUUUCCCGAUGGAUGCACACGCCUGUCCUCUGAAAUUUGGAAGUUAUGCUUACACCAAUAACGAGGUGAUCUACCUGUGGACCCAGGGAGACGAGAGAUCCGUUGCUGUUGCAGAGGAUGGCUCCAGGCUGAACCAGUAUGACUUACUGGGACACGUUAUUGGCAAAGAAACCAUCAGUUCCAGCACAGGAGAAUAUGUAGUGAUGACAACAUAUUUCCAUUUGAAAAGGAAAAUUGGCUAUUUUGUGAUUCAAACCUACCUCCCCUGCAUCAUGACUGUCAUACUGUCUCAAGUCUCCUUCUGGCUAAACAGAGAAUCGGUUCCUGCUCGCACUGUAUUUGGGGUCACCACUGUCCUAACCAUGACCACCUUGAGCAUCAGUGCUAGAAACUCCCUUCCUAAGGUGGCCUAUGCCACAGCCAUGGACUGGUUCAUGGCUGUGUGCUAUGCCUUUGUCUUCUCUGCCUUGAUUGAGUUUGCCACAGUCAACUACUUCACCAAGCGCAGCUGGGCAUGGGAUGGGAAAAAAGAGGGCAUGGAAAUAAGGGAACCGUUUCAGGCUAACAUGGCCAGGAUUAAAGAUAUGAGAAGAGAAUCUGCGACUCUGUCCAAAAAGGCAAACAACACCUUCAACAUUGUUGGAACCACCUACGCCAUCAACGUAGCGAAAGACCAAGGUUUGACGACCAUUUCCAAGAGUGCCCCCGGAGCAUCGGCUAAACACCCCUAUCUCCAUAAAAUGGACGACCCCUACAUGGAGGCCAGGAAGUCUUACAACCGUGUCAGCAAAGUGGACAAGAUAUCGCGCAUCAUUUUCCCAGUUCUGUUCUUCAUCUUCAACUUAGGCUACUGGGCCACAUAUGUCAACAGAAAGCCCGCUAUCAUGAAGGCAAACAACCUAAACUGAAUUUGACCAAAUGCUAAGCUUGAUCUGGUUUGGAAGGUAGAACGGUUUGCAGGAGGCCAAGUCCACCACAUCUUAGAGAGUGUGUGUGUGUGUGUGUGUGUGUGUGUGUGUGUGUGUGUGUGUGUGUGUGUGUGUGUGUGUUUCAUGUGUCUGUCCUUCCUUGACAGUUUGAUAUUUUGCACGUCUGUGUAGAUGGAUGGCAAAU